UCCUGGCUGAUGUGUGUGAUCUCCAGUCUACAACAGGCUUUAAAGCCAGGAGUGAGAUUCUAUCACAUGAACUUUAAAACAGUGAAGCCAGAUAUUUUCUUAUCAAACCAGAGUAGGCUAAUUAUCAAUCUAUGUGAAAUCAUGGCCACUGACCAAGGUGGCAGUACCUGUCCAAAGAUCACUAUCAUUCCACCCUUUUUGAAAAGCAGCACAACCACACUGAUUGAUCAGAAUGUAUCUGAUGAAGAGGCUCAGGGAAUAAAUGGAAAAACGCCAGCAAAACACUCAGCUGCAAGUCCAAAGCCACAAGUGCCUCCAAAGCCAUUACAUCUGCAGAAUUCACCUUUGUCCAGUAUACACCCAACCCCUAAGCAUAAAGCUUUAUCUAGUGCAGCACCCAGGAUGGAGGAAGUUAAACCUGCCUCUGCUUCUUGUGUCUCAAAAGAAAAAUCCAGUAAAAUAUCAGAUCUCAUCAGUCGCUUUGAAGGAGGCAGCACAUUAUCAAGUUACGGUGAUUUGAAGAAACAUUCGGCUGUGAACCUACAUGUUCUUAGAACCUCGGGAAGGCAUGGACUGACAACCACACCUCAGCAAAAGCUCCCCUCCCAGGACCCACCACAGAAGCAGGGAAGUGAUGUGGAGCCAACUCAGGGUGUACAAACUUGUGUGGCUAACGGUGUGAUGGAGGCACAAAGCCAGGUGGAAUGUGAGGAGGACCAAGCGGCCGCUGGUAGCCCAGAUACUCCUACUCAAGCUGCUGAACCCUUGCUGGACACGAACUUAGUGAAUGGAGCAGGAGACGAAAGUACCACGGGCCCCGCCUCACCCACAACAAAUGACUGUGAUGGAAAUGCUUCUGACAGCAGCUGCAGGACGCCCAGUGUGGACCCAGCCCUCCCCCUGGAAGAAGAAAGGGCAGACACAGACGCCAAGGCUCAAGAGAAGGAAAACGGAGAAAGCUCUUCGGAACUGGAACAGCUGGACCAGCACCAGGAGAUGAAGGAGACAAAUGAGCAAAAACUUCACAACAUAGCCAAUGAACUGUUGCUUACAGAAAGAGCUUACGUCAACCGACUUGACCUCUUAGAUCAGGUAUUUUAUUGCAGACUAUUGGAAGAGGCCAAUCGAGGCUCAUUUCCAGCAGAGAUGGUGAAUAAAAUCUUUUCUAAUAUUUCAUCAAUAAAUGCCUUCCAUAGUAAAUUCCUAUUGCCAGAACUGGAGAAACGAAUGCAAGAAUGGGAAACUACUCCUAGAAUUGGUGACAUCCUCCAGAAAUUGGCACCAUUCCUUAAGAUGUAUGGAGAAUAUGUGAAAGGAUUUGAUAACGCAAUGGAAUUGGUUAAAAACAUGACAGAGCGUAUUCCCCAGUUCAAAUCAGUAGUUGAAGAAAUUCAGAAACAGAAGGUCUGUGGGAACUUGACCUUGCAGCACCACAUGCUGGAGCCCGUUCAGCGGAUUCCUCGGUACGAGAUGCUCCUGAAGGACUACCUGCGGAAAUUGCCCCCUGACUCUCCAGACUGGAAUGAUGCGAAAAAAUCACUGGAAAUUAUAUCUACAGCAGCAAGCCAUUCUAAUAGUGCAAUAAGAAAAAUGGAUAACCUAAAGAAACUCUUAGAGAUUUAUGAAAUGCUGGGAGAAGAGGAAGACAUUGUAAAUCCUUCCAAUGAACUAAUAAAAGAAGGACAGAUCCUUAAACUAGCUGCUCGGAACACAUCAGCACAGGAACGCUACCUUUUGUUAUUCAACAACAUGUUGCUGUACUGUGUGCCAAAAUUCAGCUUGGUGGGCUCCAAAUUCACAGUUCGGACCAGGGUCGGCUUAGAUGGAAUGCAAAUUGUGGAGACUCACAAUGAGGAAUAUCCGCACACUUUCCAGGUAUCUGGGAAAGAGAGAACACUGGAAUUGCAAGCCAGUUCUGAACAAGACAAAGAAGAAUGGAUCAAGGCCCUUCAAGAGACUAUCGAUGCUUUCCAUCAGAGGUAUGAAACCUUCAGAAAUGCGAUUGCAAAGGAUAAUGACAUUCAGUCAGAGGUUUCUACUGCUGAGCUAGGGAAAAGAGCCCCAAGAUGGAUCCGAGAUAAUGAAGUAACGAUGUGUAUGAAAUGCAAAGAGCCUUUCAACGCACUGACAAGGAGAAGGCAUCAUUGUCGAGCAUGUGGACAUGUGGUUUGUUGGAAGUGUUCUGAUUACAAAGCUCAACUGGAGUAUGAUGGUGGUAAAUUGAGCAAAGUUUGUAAAGACUGUUACCAAAUAUUGAGUGGAUUUGCAGACAGUGAAGAAAAGAAACGAAAAGGGAUUUUAGAGAUUGAAUCAGCAGAAGUAUCUGGAAACAGUGUGGUGUGCAGCUUUCUUCAGUAUAUGGAGAAGUCAAAACCUUGGCAGAAAGCUUGGUGUGUGAUCCCCAAACAAGACCCUCUUGUGCUGUACAUGUACGGUGCCCCCCAGGAUGUCAGAGCCCAGGCCACCAUUCCACUCCUGGGCUAUAAUGUGGAUGAUAUGCCAAGGAGUGCAGACCUGCCACACAGUUUCAAACUGACCCAGUCCAAGUCUGUGCACAGCUUUGCUGCAGACAGUGAGGAACUGAAACAGAAGUGGCUGAAAAUCAUCUUUCUAGCUGUCACAGGUGAGACACCUGAUGGUCCUAACAACCAUUCAGCUACCUUGGACGAUAACCCUGAACCUAAAUAAAAAUCAGAAUGCUGAACUCCAGGACCAACCACAGUGUGGGGGUCUCAAGAUUCACCGCUCAAGACAUUCCCAGUUCUCCUUACUCAUCUCUUAGCACUUUAUGUUGAGAAGUAUAGGCUCAUAAAUGUAUCUGGUAGGGGACUAUUUUUCCUAUGUUUGUGUACUCUGGUGAAAUUAAUGUGGAGAGCCAUUCUACCAAUAACUUUUGGAAAUAAUGUGAAAAAUGGAGCAUUUUUUAAUGAGCUAUUUCUUGAACAUGUACUUUUGUCUUGGAGAAAAUGGUAUCAAUUGAUUAUGUCACUAUCAGGUUAGAAUAGGCCACUUUCACUUAAGAAUUAUUUUAAUGUCUUCUCUUUCACAUGUAAGACUUGUAACAGUUUGAAAGAUAUACCUCCAUGUUGCCAAAAUAGAUCCAUGGUUAGAAGAAUUACAAGGACAGUUUAGGCUGUUGUGUUAACUUAUUUAAUUUAGUGUAUAAAGCUCAAGCUGCAUAAAUAAUGUAUGUCCUUUUAAAACAGAAAAAGGACAGGUUGUUGGUGUUCAAACUUUCAACUUAUUAAGAAAAGAUAUUUGUUUUUGUAGAAAUACUCCUAAAAAUAAAAUAUCUUACGUAUAUAGCAA